GGACAAUUUCCAAGAUGGCUGCCGCGAGUUUGUCCUUGAAUGGCUGCACUGAAAUAGAAAAUUUACUGGCUUUCUGCAAAAUACCAAAGGAAAGAGUACGCAUAGAAGAAUCUGGACAUGCUUCCUCUACUAAGGUGUGGAUUUUUUUUUUUAGCUCCUGCAGUUUGGUUGAAAAUCAAAAUUGCCUUUCCACUUAAUUUGGCCCGUUUCAUAUAGUUAUAAUUAAGGUUUGUUAUAAGCGUCUGUCGUGUUUAGUGGAAUUUUAGGCCGAAAAUAGUUCAUAUAAUGAUUAUAACUAUAAAUGGUAGAAAGGUUAUAUAUUAAUUUAAUGACACAUAUAUUAGAAUACAUUUCAAAAAUAUAUUCUGAAUUAACCGGCCUGAAUUUUUUUUUUUUGACUCUUUUUUUUUUCAAAUUUUAGCAGGUUCUUAUGUAAAUGGGGUCAAAAGGUUCUUAAAUUUUUAUGUGACUGAAUUUAUUUUUAAGGUUUGUGCCUCUGACGUCUGAAACCAUUUUAAAAGCCAAUUAAUAAUCGCAUACUUCCCAGCACUCCCAGGAUAAAAAUCUCACGCCUACAUCUCAGAAAAAGUUGGCAGGUAUAUGUAUGGCUAAAGUUGAUCCAGCUUUUUUGCAUAACAUUUGAAACGGGCUUUAUUGUUAACCUGUGAGCAGUGGUUUCUGCAUGCUGGAACCUAUGGAACGUUUUCAAAGCCCAUUGAAGACUGGCAUAACUUAACAGGAAAUGAAGGUUCUUCACUCAAUCAGUCAGUAAACUGUCGACUUGAAAUAAGUUUUUUUUUGUUUAAUAAUGAGAUUCAAAUAAAUGACUUUGUAUGGGACUCAAAACUUCUGCUAAGGAAAGCAGGUUUUUAAAUAAGUGGUUCAGAUUUUUUCUUUGUUGAACAGAAACCAGCAAAAUUUUGGACAUUUUUUUCAAAAGUGCCAACAGAAAAUCCUCGAAGGUGUGGAACUGCAGAAAAGCAGCUCAUGCUCAUUUACAUCACAUCAAAUAACAAGAGAAUAACAAAAGAGCACAUUUGUUAGACUUGUUUUUUUUAGCACUCAAUUAAUUUUUUGCAAUUCUGUACCUCACUCAAAAAAUCAUUGUUGUUGUCUUGACUAACAGACCCUUCAAGGAUGGCUUGUUUUAGGAGUUAAGACAUUUAUUCACCUAUUUAUUUAGUAGCCUGAGAAACAGCCGACAUUUGUCGACGCUACCACUGGUUUCCCUGCCAAAUGAUGUCUGGGAAACGAGUGCAGAAAUUCCGUACUGAUGUUGCGUCCCUACCCAGAUCUGGGUAGUGCUUCUGAUUGGUUGUGCCGCGUGGGAAAUUUAUUUCAACCAAUCAGAAGCACUACCCAGAUCUGGGUAGUGAUGCAUCAUGAGUAUGAAAUUUCUGCGCUCAUUUCUCAGAUGUCAUUUGGUGGGGAAACCAGUGGUAGCAUCACCAAAUUAAUGUUGGCUGUUUUCUCAGGCUAUUUAUUUAGUAAUUAAAAAUUUAUUUUAGGUCCCAUCCCUGACUCUAAGUACUGGUCAAACAGUGCAUGGUGUGCGAACAGUGGCUUCUUAUCUUUCUGCCUUAUCAAGACAAACAUUGUUGGGUAACUCAGCUUUGGAGCAUGCUCAAGUUGAUCAGUGGCUAGAAUACUGGCAGCUUCAGUUAGAGAAAUACUUAAAUGAUACAACUCAAGUAUGCGGAGCUCUGAAGGUAAGAAUUUGCCACACAUCCUUAGCCUUUAUUUUAAGUAAAGAUCUUGGUGAAGUAGGUGUACUGGUAUUUUUCUCAAGAUGUUGUAGUUGAUAGAUUUUAUAAAUUUACAACAUUAGCUGCACAAACAAACAUUUAACCGAUGUGAAUUAUAUGAAGUCCAAAAAUCACAUGAAAGUUCAGUCCACGAGCAGUUUUACAGUGAAAUCUAGUCUCGCAUUCCUAGGAAGAAUAAAAUUUGAACUUGCAAUGUUGAGCUCAUUAUUGAUUUUAAUAUCCCAUUCUCCGGUUGAAGAAUCAAUACAAUGUAAUGAAAAAAAAUACGUGAUUCAAGAAUUGAAUUGUGACUGGAUUAAUAAGGCAUCAGUCUUCAAAGUGGCAAAGAGAAGUCAAUCUAUGUGAGGUGUAUUAAAACAAAUUAGUUUUGAAGUGACUUUACAAACCUUGAAAAUAUUAUUUACCUGUACUGUAACCUUAACCUGUGGAGCAUGACCGACUGUCCCCAAGACUGAAAUGAAUAAUCCAAGAUUUGAGUGAAAUCUUAAAACCAAUAGUGAACUCAACAUUAAAAUAAUCAAGUUCACUUUGUUUUCUUCCCAGGGAUGCUUGACCAGGUAAUUCACUGUAAAAUACUAACAAAACUAUGGGAAACGUGGUGCUUUCUAAAGCAGAGAUGUUUGAUCUGUUUCACUGAGAACUGACGGAAACCUGCCUGAUCAAAGUUCAAGGACUAAAAAAGAACUUGAAUUUCCAGUUUGUCUAGUGGACAAAUAACUCUUAUAUUUUGUGUCCAGCAUCAUUGCUUGCUUGUCUAAGGGUGUGUUUGAUUUACCAUAUUCCAGAAAUUACAUGGAAUAAGCUCUAGAAAUCACUUGUUUUGACAUUCAUUGCAUUGUAAUAUCUAGUAGUCUGUUUGAAAUAAAAUAUGUUGCAUUCAGUUAUAUUUCCAAAAUUUGGACAUAUACCUGCAUGCAACAUAUUUAAUAUUGCUCAGUACAAGAGACUUGUCACAAAACUUUUGUGUAUUCUUAUUCCGGAAUACAAUUAACUGAGCACACCCUCAGUUUACGUUGCUCAUUUGCAAGUGAGCUUUUAAAGUCACUUGCCCAACAAGAAAGGCUACUUGUCAGAGACCACUGGACGAGACCUUUUUUAAUCCCUAUAAACCCUGAAGUUUUUUGUUCAGGAAACUAUAAAGGUAACUUAAAUAUUCUUAUUCUUGUUCAGGAUCUUAACAAGUUCAUGUCUAAGAGAGUGUACCUUGUGGGUCAUGAGCUAACCCUAGCAGAUAUCAUGUUGUACUAUGCUUUGCAUCCUGUUAUGUUGGAAUUGACUGUGCAUGGGAAAGAACAACUCAUAAACUUAUCAAGGUGGUUCAAUCAGGUAUUGUUUCAUCCUCGGAGGUGGUUCAAUCAGGUAUUGUUUCAUCCUGCGGAUUGGGCACAAAAGUGCUUUGUAGACCCUCCUGAGUUCUUUUCGUGAGUUCGUACCGGCAUUGGCUAUUGUCAUGCCACACUUGCCUUGUUCGUUCACCAAAUUUGGGGCAGUCACCAAAGUUUGGGAUGCUAUCAGCAGAAGCAAAGGACAGAUCACAUGUAUCGAAAAAAGUUUUCAGUGAAGAGAAAGUCGAAUUAGCAAUAGCUUCACAAGGCAAAACAACAACUUUGCAUGUGCAUCAUGCUUUCUUGUACAUUUCUUUGCCGUCAACUGCACUACUACCCAUGAAAAUGCCUAAUUUCACGUUUUGUGAAGGACGUAAACAAGGAAUGACAAAAUUCAUUCUCUUCAUGAACUUGGAUAUGGUUAAUAGAAAUUCAGCUCCAGAAGAGUUCACUUGCAUUUGACAAAGUAAGCGAGUUGGAAUAAUCACGAUAGAGACUGAAAAAAUGUGUUGGAAUAAUCAACUGCACGAUAGAGAAAAUGCUGAAAAAGGACUUAAACAAGCAAUGACAAAAUUCAUUCUUUCAUGAACUUGGAUAUGGUUAAUAGAAAUUCAGCUGCAGAAGAGUUCACUUGCAUUUGACAAAGUAAGCGAGUUGGAAUAAUCACGACAGAGACUGAAAAAUGUGAAUUUUUUCCAAAAGCCAUCCCUCUUUUAAAAACUCCCUUGCGUCUGACGCAUGACCGAUGCAAGCGUGAAUACCUGUUGUAAGCUCAAGCUUAUAUUUUUGGAAAAGCGUCUUUAGUUUUCGGGCAGACAAUAUUUUGAAAUCAGAUGGGGAUUUUAUUUGCUGACUGCGUACAUUUCUUUGGUGCAUCCAGACAAGCCUUGAUCAAGACAAUAGCUGUCGUGUACGAACUCACGAAAAGAACUCAGGAGAAGCUGUUCGCCAAUUGGGCACAAUAAUACAAAGCAUUUUUUGUGCCCAAUCAGGAGCCGGCAUCCGCUUGAAUUUUUGGAAAUAGUUCGGUGAGAGUCACUACCCAGGGGCUCUUUUGCCCGUACUUGAAAACUUUCAUCCCGCCUUUUCUCCCAACCCGACCGACUGCCCCUGGGUCUCCGAGGAUGGUAUUGUUUCAACUAAUAUUAAUAGCGGAAGCGCAUGCAGCGGAGCACCAUGGGUAAGAAAAUUUGGUUAUCGAUGCAUCCAAGAAAUUUUGGUUCUGACAAAAUCGUCCGUAUGUAUAUCCGCCCCUUCAUGUAAGCUGGGGUGAAAUUUUGCACCCACCCGUUUUGGCAGUAAAUAGCAUAGCUACCCGAACUUAUAGAGAUAAAAAACAACAAUAGAAAAGCCAAUUCUUUCUUUCAACUUAAUUUUAAUGUCUACAGAUGCACAUUGACUUGGAUAACAGCGAAAGAGCUAGAGUGAGAGAGACCAAUUUUGUUGGAAGAAAAACAUGAACAUUUUGUAGCGCAUUGGGAAAAUGAGAAGUGGUAGUGGCCACCAAAGGGAAAAUGAGCGGCAGUAAGAAAAAGUGAACAAGAACACAUACAACAUUUCCUCCAUAAAACGUAUGCUGCUCAUGCAAAGUCAUCUUUUUUUUUACUAAAUUAGACCUACUGAUUUUUUUUGGCCGUUUUCUUAGCUGUUGCCGCUUAGCAUUACACUAUUAUAUAUUUUGUUUGAGUAAAUGAUGGAUAUUAAUGAGAGCUUUGCUUUUAGUGCUGGCCAAAUCUAUAUAUUAGAUCAUAAUAUUUAAAACUUGUGUGGUGGGUGUGGUUAGGGAGGCCAAGGCAUCUACAGUGUAAAAACAUCCCCUUGAUUUAGAGGUCAUUUUUGACAGUGCAUUCAAGUUACAGAAUGACUCAUAAUUUUUGGCAACGACUUGGAUAUGUUGCAAGACAGUGCAUUACCUAAACUCAGGAAAGAUGAUAAAGUACAACACUAUGGCCAAAUUCUAAAUCACAAGAGCCCAAAGGUGCCUUGUACCAGUAGGGAAUUUCAAGUGUCAUGAGUCUGAAAUAAGUAUGUGUUUUUUAAAGGAAAUUCAAUGUAGAACUCAUUAUAACCUAGCAUUAUAAUUAUAAUCACCAAUGAAAUACCAGGUGAGCUUUUGGGCAAAAACAUGAUAAUUAUCUUCACAUGUGAAAAUAACAUGUUAUUUUUGCAUAUGAAAAGAUCACUGUUGCUGUGGCUACAUAAUAAAUCGCACCUUUUGUAGCAAAAAAUAUUUAAGUGAAAUUUUUUGGCAUUUCAUUGGUGUUUAUAUAAUAAAUAGAACAUUGCAUGGCAUCUUGGAGACUCGUGAAAUAUUUUUCAACACUCAAAGAGAAAAUCUGUAUCUCUGCACGACCAUGUAAUAUCCUCUGUUUAGCGUAUGGUGCAAUAACAGUCUUCUUUUAUUAAUGUGAACUGUUUUAAAAAUUAAGUAAGUUCUUGAAAAGUCCCAAAAUUUUUCAGGAAGAUGUCAGUUGUCUACUCUUUAUCACAGUCAAAGUAUUUGUGAGAUGUAAAGGAUCAAUUUUCAAGGUUGUGACAAACAUCCUGAUGUACUUUUAUCUUUUUUGUGAUGUAGGUGCAGUGUUACCCAGGAGUCAGACAAUAUCUGCCAGAAGUCUCAUUCCUACGUAACACCCUCUAUGGCUGA